CGUCCGGCCUCAGGGCGGAAGCGCAAGGGGGCGAAGCGGCGGCCCAGGGAUGCCGCUGGCGGGAGAGGCGGAGGCGCGGCGGCGCCGAGCGACGCAAGAGAGGCUGGAGAAGUUCGCCAGGUUGAGAGGUAAAACUGUACAGACUGGAGAGUUUUGGGAUGUUGUUGUAAUAACAGCAGUUGAUAAAAAGCAAGAAAUAGCGUAUCAAAAACAAUUAUCAGAAAAGCUGAAAAGAAAAGAAUUGCCCCUGGGAGUGGAUUAUCAUGUUUUUGCUGAUCCUCCUGGACCAAAAAUUGGAAAUGGUGGAUCAACACUUCAUGCCCUUCAGUGCUUAGAAGAGAAUUAUGGAGAUAAAUGGGAUACCCUCACUAUCAUAUUAAUUCAUUCUGGUGGUUAUAGUCAACGUUUACCGAACGCCAGUGCCCUGGGAAAAAUUUUCACAGCUUUGCCUUGUGGGGAUCCAAUUUACCAAAUGCUUGAUUUGAAAUUAGCCAUGUACAUUGAUUUUCCUGCUUGUAUGAAUCCAGGUGUUUUGAUUACAUGCGCAGAUGAUAUUGAAUUUUAUAAUAUUGAUGCAACAGAACCCCUAAGGUUUAAUCAGCCUGGAUUUACUGCAUUAGCUCAUCCUUCCAAUUUGAGCAUUGGUACAACUCAUGGAGUUUUUAUAUUGGAGCCUCCAUUACACCUGAUAGAAAAAGAACUUGACUACAGAUCUUGCCAUUGUUUUCUGCAUAAGCCUAGCAUUGAAAAAAUGUAUCAGUCUGGAGCAGUGCAUAAAAGGAGUGAUUAUCAAACAUUGCCUUCUGGAGAACUGGGAGAUUCACUUAUGGAAUCUGAAUUUGUAUAUACAGACAGCUUAUUUUACAUUGAUCACACCACUGCAAAAUUUCUGCUAACAUUUUAUAAACAGAUAGGCAAACUUUGCUAUGAAAUAGAUGCCUAUGGUGAUUUUCUGCAGGCAUUAGGGUCUGGAGCAACAAAAGAUUAUGCAAAAAAGAUUGAAAAUGUCACAAAAGAAUCAGGUCUAAUAGAAAUAAGGGAGAAGGUAUUUAAUACACUAAAAGGUUUGCCUCUCAAUGUUAUACUCCUAAAUAAUUCCAAAUUCUAUCAUAUUGGAACUACUCGUGAGUGUUUGUUUCAUUACACUUCUGAUAGAAAACUGAAAUUGGAGUUGGGUCUGCUGCCAAAUGUUUUUAGCAUCUGUUCAAACAAGGCAGAAGACUUGGAUAAAUCAGCUUGUAUCAUUCACAGUAUGCUUAGUUCAAAGUGUUUUGUUGCACCUGGUUCACUAAUUGAAUAUUCUAGAUUAGGUUCCAAGGUUUCAGUGGGAACAAACAGUAUCAUCAGUGGCUGUUCCAUUGACACAAAAGCAGACAUACCCCCAAAUACUUUUAUGACAACCUUGAGCAUAAGAAUUGAUGGAGAAUUGAGGUAUGUGACCGUGGUGCUGGGCAUAGAAGAUAACUUGAAACAGAAUGUGGCAAGUCUUGCAGAUAUACACCCACUAAGUCUUUUUGGCAUUGGUCUUAAACAAUGCUUAGAGCUUUGGGGCUUGAGAAUUUCAGGUGAGCUCUUUUCAGGGGACAAAACAUCUUUGGGUUUGUGGACAGUUCGAAUCUUCCCUGUAUGCUCCCAUUUAAGUGAUUCAGUAAAAGUGUCAUUAGGGAUUUUAAACUCUGUACAAAAUAAGUCCCCAUUUAAGUUAGAUAGUUUUAAGCUGUUGUCUAUUGAACAAAUACUUUGCUACAAAGAUGUUGAAGACAUGCUGAAAUUCCGACAGCAACUUUAUGAAGAAAUCAAUCUGCAGAAACUGAAAGAGAAAUCUAUUAUAUAGAAGUG